CAGCAUUAAAUGUACAUAGUGAUGAUCCAUUACUUCAUGUUUAUAGUUCGACACAAGAAAAGUUAGAAGCAAUUACGGAACAGUACAAUAAAGCUAAAUUAAAAAUACAAUCGCUGGAAAAUGAUAUUGAAGAUUUACAUGGUGAAUUUGAACUUGAUAGGCUUGAUUAUUUGGAAACGAUCAGAAAGCAGGAUCAACAGGUUAAGCUAUUGCAACAAAUUUUGGAUAAGGUAUUAAUUAUAUUAAAAUCUUUAAAUGAUAACUUUUAA